AAAAAUAGUAAAAAGUGAAUUGAAGUGUUCGGUUGAAAAUACUAUUCUUUAGUGUAAAUAAUUUAAUUCAAUACCAACAAAAUGUCCAAAAAUACUAGCAAAGGCAAGAAAACUAAUGAAGAAAUAUUUGCCGGCUUCCAAAAUUUACGCAGCGAGCAACGUCAACUGGCAAACAAAAUUUCUGAAUUAGAAAUGGACCUAAACGAACACAAAAUCGUUAUUGAGACACUUCAAGGGGUAGAGGCUGACCGGAAAUGCUUUAGAAUGGUGGGCAGCGUCCUGGUUGAGAGAACCGUAGCAGAGGUCCUGCCCGAGCUGGAAGGCAACCGAGAGUGCCUUCCGCGAGCCCUGCAGGCUCUGCAAGAGCAGCUGGCAAAGAAAGGUCAGGAGAUCAAUGAGUACAUAGAGAAGCACAACAUUCGCGUCCAGCGCGGAGAGCGAGACGCCCCGCCCGCUCAGGAUCAGGACCAGCCAGCAAAGACCAACGUACUCGUCGCUAGCGGAUAACUCACACACUAGCAGUGCUGUCACGGUGUUACGCAGGUGCUGAGCUAACACAGAUAACAUGUGUAAUGUGUAUCCUCAGCUCGCACCUGUGUGGUGUGUCAAAAGGAUGUGAUCCGAGUAUCUAAAAUUAUGUGUUUGAGGGCUUCGGGGUUUUUGUUUAUUAUCUUCAAUAUUAUGUUUUAGACGUGAAGCUCUCGGGACUGCUUAUUAAAGAGUGUACCACCGAGGAAGUUGAUUCCUAUGCAAUUGACAGACCAACAUUAUUUGGUCAAAUAUGUCAAUUCAAUGGUCGUGUUCGUUGGCGUAUUAUUAGACAAACCUUUU